GAUAGAAAAUGAGAUUGGAGAUGCCAAGUUGCAGGCACAGACCGAAAUGAUGCAGGAACUUCAAACAGCAAAAGCAUUAGCUCAGUUGGAGCUGAUGGAGCAGAAAAAGCUUUAUGAGAAUCACAUCAAACAACUAGAGAAAGAGCUGGAAGAAGAACAGACUCGGAGAAAUAGCUUCAAGAGAAACCAGAAGGAUGAUGCAUUUUGCUCAAGGUCUAAUCUCCCUCCAUCGAGGUCAUACACCCAGAUGGGUGUAAAGCAGAACACAUUCAUAAAGGCCUUAGAAGAGGAGAAAGACACUAUCACUAAACAGGUGGAAAAAAUACAGUACAGAGUAAAAAGUAGAUCAUCUGAAAAACAGGAACAGUGGACCGCUCUGCAACUUUCUAUUAGUCUUCAAGAAGCAAACACAAUAAGCAAAAGCCUGACUAAACAGACGGUCUUUUCUAGGUAUGACCUACCAGCUCUGAAUGGAGAAGAAAAGGCUGUGUAUAUAAAAGUUUCCAAUACCAAUUUGGGUAUUUCUACUAUGUGGAGCCUAGAAAAGUUUGAAGAGAAGCUGGAAGGCAUGAGAGAGUUGUACAAUGGGCUCUUAGACAGUAGUGGAGAUGACCUUUUUUAUGACCCUGCUGAUACUUGGGAAGGAGAAAUUAAACAACCAUCUCCAAAAAGGAAACAAGGAAGAAGUUCACUUUCCAGACAGACGUCUGGUUUACUAAUUGGAAAAGUGCACACAGAUACUUUUGUUCCCCGUACGACUUUUUCUUCCGUCUGCAAGCAACUGGUAACCUCUGAGACUGAAAUUUUGGGCAAGGAUGACCAGUCUCCAGGCUUAGUUCUUCAAAUGCUCAUUGGCCUUCAUGACAUCUUAACCUCAAGCAAUGAUGUUAUACAAGUGUAUGAACAAUUUGAUCUUGAUGACGUGAGCAUUCAGCGACAUCUGAUAACUGUCUCAUCUGCCUUUAACCACCUGGGCUUCUCUGUCCGGUUGAUUGAUGACUUACUCGGUGCUCCGGACACCCAGGCAGCGCACCCUAAACAGCACCUAGUUUCUGAAGUGAAGAAACUGGGGGGCAGCUUGGCAUUUCUCCUACACCGCUGUGAAUGUGACAUUACAUCAAUGUUGAAAAACUCCAAGGAACAGAUUAACCAAUCUGUAUCAGUCAUUGCCGGUUUGCUCGGCCAGAUCUCAAUCACCAGGCAACCCAACAUCAGUCAGAGCUCGGAUGAAAAAUGUGGCCUGGAGCAGGCAGAGUUCAUCUCUUCUAGCAUAAAGGAGAAUUUCCUCAGGGGAAGUGAAAGUUCACUCUCGGAACACAUGGAUUUCCUAGUUGGCGAGGUACAUUGUUUAGAAAGUCUAUACCAGAAAGCCUGGUUGGAGAGCCAUAAGUUAGCGGAGGAUUUAAGAAAAUGUUUGCUGCCCCUUGGACAAUCUCUGGAAGGUUACCUCAACAAAUGCAAACAAUUUUGGAUGCAAUUCCAAGCUAUUAAGUGUCAGAAGCAAGUUUUCACUGAGGACCUAUCCCUCCAUUACUUUUAUAGAAGAAUUGCUCACCAUCUGAAAAACUUUGUCAUGUGUUGGAAGGAAGUAACUGCAACAAGUAUACAUUACAUGACAGAUGGUGUUACAGACUUUUGGACAAUAAAGCAGGACUUGGAGGGCUUACUCAAAAAUGCUUCUCAGUCAGCCAAAGAGUUCUCCUCUUUAUGCAAUGAGAUUGUUGUCCAUCAAGAAGACUUUGGCCUGUCACCGGUGAUGAAGGACAUGGAGUCAGCUGUUCCUAAGCUGCAUUCUUCUGCAGGAGAUUUAUUACGGCUAAUUAAGGUGCUGGGAGGUGUGAAUUGUCUUAAUUCCGGGAUGUUACUCUCAGCCAACAAUAGGCAAUUGUCUGGGGGUCCGAGAGCUGACCUCGGCAUUCAUAUGUGGGGGAGUAGCAGAGAGCCUGUAAGAGUGACUAUAGCAAAAUGGAACUAUGAAGCUCUUCUCAGGGAAAACUGUUCUGAGAGAAAAAGAACAGUGUAACACGAAUAUCUUAAUCAGUCGAGAAUUUGUAGACCCCUGAGAGGUAAAUGUGUUAAUCUGCCCCCAUAACACCUUUAAACCUCAUCCACUUGGACUUUUGCAUUAGCAGAAUAAGUUCAGCCUCUAGGUUUUUCAAUGGAAAUGAGACAAAUUGCCAUAAUAAUGAAGGCCUGGGGGGGGGGGGGGUCUAUAAAGAAUGCUGAAAGUUCUUUCUCGCAAGACUUUUCAAUUCCAUGUAAAUAUUUCCUUUGUCAUGUACAUUAUGCUUGUUAGUUGUAGCAUUAUAAAUUAAUGUAUGUUGGCCUGGGAUUUUUAUCCAUCUUU